CAGAUGAGGUUCAUAUUUAUCGUCACGUUUGUGAUUAUUCUGGGGAAUAUGUAUUCCUCGACAGCAACCACUUCGACUGAUCCACAUACCCCAAAUAGUUCUGUCUCAACGCAACCAAUGUCAAUCGCAACCAGGGACGGAACAACAUCAGAGACAUCGGAAACAGUGAUAACAGAAAGCACAACGACAUCAGUAUCGUCAACUACCCAAUUAGCUGACACAAUGAUAUCAACAGAUGCAACAACAACGAUAUCAUCCGAUUCCUCGACAGAUGAAAAUUCAACUACACCCUCUGUUACAUCAUCUCAGGUGGCUAUCAGCACAUCACCCACAUCACCUGAGUCGACUACGAAUACUUCGUCUGUUCCACCACAAACAAGUGGUUCAUCAACAGCCUUGGAACCAUCGGGGACAGCGACAACGGAAGAAGCAACCAAUUUAAGUGGCGUAUCAACAACAGUCACUGGGGCAUCAUCUUCAUUUACUUCUUCAUCAAGUAAUUCUGUAACACCAACAUUCAUUCAAUCAUCAGAGGCAUCAUCUUCAUCUACUUCUUCAUCAAGCAAUUCUGUAACACCAACAGUCAUUCAGUCAUCAGGGGCAUCAUCUUUAUCUACUUCUUCAUCAAGCAAUUCUGUAACACCAACAGUCAUUCAGUCAUCAGGGGCAUCAUCUUCAUCUCCUUCUUCAUCAAGUAAUUCUGUAACACCAACAGUCAUUCAGUCAUCAGGGGCAUCACCUUCAUCUGAUUCUACUUCUUCAUCAAGUAAUGCUGAACCAACUACUAGUAUCCCAACUACAACAAACAUGACAACAGGAGAAUUAAUGGAAGAGAUCACUACGGAGGAAAUAACUUCAACAUCGUCAACUGCAUUACCCCAGACAAUAACAACCCCAACAUCACAUCAAACAACACCACCGUAUAAUAUUACAGAAGCAAAAUCCCUGUAUGCAGGUAAUUCCUUAAUACCAGUGUCAAUCAAAGUGACAUUCAAAGAUUGCUUGAAAGAAAAUAAAGACCUUGCAGAUAUAAUUUUCGAGAUUCUGAAACUUGAUACCUGUAAAUCGGUAGCCACCGAAUCGGAUGACAGUUGUGGCAAUGACACAAGUUAUCAUGUAAUAUUUCAUGUGGAUGUGCUGGCGUCCAGUCUACUUGGAAGGGAAAUAAUUAAAAAUGAGACAAUAGAGAACAUCACAACUACAAUUAACAGCACUGGAUCUGUACUCAUAGCCGAGCUAGCUUUAGCCUACUCCAGCAUAGCAGCGUGUAAUUCAAAAAAAUGUCGGGAUGCUCUCGUAAACAAUAAAGGAUUUAGUUGCGUGAACAACGGCAGCAACUGCACAUUGAAGUCCCCUUGCUUAAAAAAUGGUCCUUGUUCAACAGAACAUGGAGAAUGCUAUGUACAGGCCGAGGGCAAUCAAUAUUUAGGCCGUUGCAGGUGCAAAGAAGAUGAUAUGUUUACAUAUUCAGGUAGUGAUUGUAAAAAUAAAGCUUAUUCAUGGAAAUUGUGGACAAUCAUCGCUUCUGGUGUAGGAGGAGGAAUCAUCGUUAUCCUCCUCUUUGCCGUGGUCAUACAAUGUGCAAGGAAGAAAUCGGAGCCAUUUAACCAAAAAUAUGGCUAUGAUUCAGGGUUUGACGACCGUGAGAAUUUAAUGUAUGACAGGAGAUACGUUACCUCAGACGAAUACCACAGGAAACCUAUACCACGGGACGAUGUCGGAGCGGAUCAAGUGAACUUACAAUCCUUUGAAAACAAGGGUUAUGACCACUGGGAACCAUCAGAAAGCAAGGAAACCUAUGCUUCCAUGGACAGACAUUUCCAGGAUCCAACCUUUCAUGCUCAGAUAACAAGACCUAAGCUAACUACAAAUAAAUACAGCACCGAUCAGCUUACUCCAUUUUGACAACAUUGAGAAUGGACCUUUACAAAACCAACAUCCGUCCAUAACCUACCAAGGAAAAAGGGAAAGGGCCCUAAAUCACCCUUGAUAAAAGUAAAGAUAAAAAGGAUGUGAAUUAUGCGGGAAAAAUCAAAUUAUGAAUGUCUGCAUGAAUGAAAUAAUAUUACACAUUAAGCCUUGAGACUAAAAAUGCAAUGAUAUUUGCAGACAACUUCAAAAUAAUGUAUAUUUUUAUAUUAAAUUUAUAUUCUUAGAAAAUGUGUAUCUAAUAAUGGAAAUGUGAAGAUAAAUGUUGAUGGCAAUAUGACCAGUAAUUUAUUUUUUAUU